AUGCUCAAACUUGAGAAGGAAAAAUGUUCAGUGGAUAGCAUAAAGUUGGCUGCAAGCAUUUUCUGCCGCUGCGGAGUACCAUUUUCACGUAGAUUCAGAAACGUACCGUGCUACCAUGUCAAUUGUAGCUCAUGUAAUGAAAAGAGCCGUGCGGGGGACAAUUGUACAACCUGCAAGGCAAAGAUCGAAAAGGUAGAGGAACUUCAUCCUAAUGAAGAAUUGCUAGUAUGUACCGUUCCUAAAUGUAGUAAAGGAUUUGUAAACUUCCCGAGUCUAAGAGUACACCUUAAGCUCGCUCACGCUAUCUCGGCAAAUUCUGUGGAGGAUUUUUACGGGGAAUUUGGAGACUUGGACAUUAAAAUUGCAGAGACAAAAGUAAUACAGUAUACACCGCCUAGUGGUAUUGAUAUUAAAUCGGAAGGAAAUGACAAACACGAGGCGGAUCACCUUGUUGGUGUAGGUGACGAUAACAACGGCAUUGCAAGUUCGCAAAGAGAAAACAACGAUUCAGAUUGCUCAGAAGAUAUAGAUAUUUUAAUUUAG